CGUCCGCGGAGUGUGUUAAGAAUUUCGAAUAGACAUUCGCACAUAUACUUGGGUUUUUGACUGCUGUUGUUGGCUUGCCGAAGAGAGAUAUUUUGAAGAAACAUCUGCUUCUCAGUUAUAUGAGCCAUGGAUUUUAGUCAAAAUGAUGACUAUAUUGUUUGUGAUGACUGUGGAAAACAAUUUAUCUCUGGUGAUUGUCCUGAUCAUGGUCCAUUGGAAUGGUAUGGUGACAGCCAGCUGUCAAAUGAAACACCUAAAGGAGACCAAGCUAAGUUAACCCUCCCUAACAACCUGAACAUCAUGCCAUCUGCAGUGUGGCAGGGCCAACUGGGUGUGUUUGCAAAGGCAAGGAUGGAGAAACAAGUUAUUUUUGGACCCUUCAAAGGACAGAAGAUUCCUGCCAAAGAGUUCCCUCUAAGAGAAGAUCACAACUUUAAAUACAUGUGGGAUAUUCUUGAAGAUGGAAAAGUCAGUCAAGUAAUUGAUGGCUCAGAUGAACAGAACAGCAAUUGGAUGAAGUUUGUCAACUGUGCACGCGACGGCGAAGAACAGAACUUAGUGGCUGUGCAGUUCCGUGGUGAGAUUUAUUACAAGACAUGCAGUCCAGUGGAGUCUGGCACUGAGCUGUUGGUGUGGUAUGGUGACAGUUUGUCAGUGAAGGUUGACAGUUUAGCUCAGAGGGAUGGUCAUGAUUAUAACUGUAAUACUUGUGGGUUGGUAUUCGCUGGGUCAACCUUUCUUCGACGUCACAAGGCAGUUCGCUGUCCAGGCCUAUCCCUUGACCAGACAAAUACUGUGCAUGACCAGACAGCUAUAGAGUAUGAGCCCGCGCAAUCGUCUGUCACUGAGAAUACUAAUAACGAGGUUAGAACAUCGCCUAGAGAUGCAGAGUCGUUGUAUGUUGUCGACAUUGGGACCACAAUCAAUGGAACCAACAGUACGAUUGUCGAGGAAGGUUCACGUUAUGUCCGCGUGCUUCAGCUGGAGCCCGCAUCUAGCUCACGAUCUUCAAACCGAGGAGGAAGAAAAGCAGUAAAGCAAGCUGCAACAACAAAAGGCGCAACCAAAAGAAAUCCCUCCGCGCAGAACACGAGAAAAGCAAAGCGAAACUCGAGGAAAUCAAAUGUAGCGGAGGCUCAGAAAAUAGUUUCUUCAAAUACUACAAAAGCGCGAAGUUCAUCGUCUGGUAAGAAAUCCCUGUCCUCUGAUAGAACUUCCCGUGGAGCGAAAAGGACUACAAAUUCCCGCCGCGGAGAUGUUAUAAAAAAGAAGCAAGCAUCGUCAGGAUCAGAUAAAUCCCAAGUCCAGAAAAACACCAGAAACUCGAAAGCGAAAGGUGAUUUGUCUGCUAAUAGCAUGAGAAGUUCCAGUGAUACCAGUGAGGACGUGUUAGUAAGGGAAGAAUCUUCAGGAAAGGAAAUAAAUGAAUCCACAAAGAAAUCAAAGUCUGAAGAAGCAGAAAAACAACUAAACAAUUCAAAAUCUCCCUCGUCUCGGAAAAGAACAAGCGAAGGAGACGAAGGAUCAACCGCAGGUGAGGUGAAGAAAAGGAAAAGGACCGUGCCUGCAGAUAAACCCAUAUUCACCUGUGAGCAAUGCUCCAGAAACUUUAAGUGGAAGUCUCAGCUAAAUUACCACAUGCGAAGUCACUCGGAAAUCAAGGAAUUUGUGUGUUCUUUUUGUGAUAAGCGUCUCUCCCAGUUGUCCUCCCUAAAGAGACACCUACGCGUACAUAGUGGAGAGAAGCCGUUUGGAUGCGAAGAAUGUGGCAAGAGGUUUGUAGAGAAAGGAAAGCUUACUCUUCAUCUACGCAAACACUCUGGGGAACCACUGGAGAAGAAGUUCAAGUGUUCCAUAUGCGACAGAGGGUUCACGUUAAGUGCAAAUCUGCGCACUCACAUGCGAACUCACACUGGUGAAAAACCUUACCCUUGUCCUCAGUGCGGCAAAGGUUUUAAACGAAGCUCAGAUAUCAUCAGCCACCUCCGGAGUCACACAGGUGAGCGGCCCUAUAAGUGUUCUCAUUGUGACAAGUGUUUCACAAUGAUCUCGCACAGAAACAGGCACGAGGUAAUUCACACUGGAGAGAAACCGUUCAAGUGUGAGUUGUGCGGUAAAGGGUUUACCCAGCCAAACUCGGUCAAAGCCCACUUGAAAGUCCACGAAAGAAGGCAAGCCAAGCUUUCAGGCGGGGAAAUGAGACAAGAAAAGCAAAAGAAAAAUUUCCGAGAUGGAGAGAUACAGACGGAUGUUCGGCCUGGAACAGACAAUGACGUGCAGCUAGGAGUCCUGCAUAGUGUAGCCUUAGGACAGGGAACUUGCGGAGAGAGAACGGAAAAAUUGCUGGGUGUGCAAACACAGAUAACGGAAAACGGAAAACAUUUGCAGGUGCCUAUAGAUGGUAUGCACCAGAAGGACUCAGAAAAUGCACAGUUAAAUCAAGAACCAAGGCCUACCGUACAGCCUGAGGACGUACCCCUGAGUAGUAUUAAUGUAGAAGGUCCUGUAGGAGAAGAUGUAGCUUCGAGAGAUAAAACAGAACUCACAACAAUUGCAACAGAACAAUUAAAAUUAAGCUACACAGGUCAAGAUCACACCAAUGAGCUUCUAACUUUUGAUAACACCCUUGUCAAUAGUAAAGCACUCUUGCAAAUUAGCAGCGCGGCGCCAAGCGAUGGUGUUGAACACUGUCAGUUAGAGCUGGCUCCAGCCAGUGUUCAGGAUCAGCUACAGCAGACUGAAGAAAAUGAGACAACGCUUUUUGCACUUUAAUGACCCUUUUAUAAGAGGGCUUCUUGAUCCAGUGUAUUUUAAAAGUCUUUUCUCUCCGUCCCACAAAUUUAUAUUAACUUUCAGUUACCUAUCAUUUAAGUUAAGGGGUAUAUGAACUAAAAAGUCCUAGUGUUAUUAAACCCAAAACUGUUACAGUAUCACUUGAUUGCCUGGAACUGGAACAGAAUUUGGCAGACUUAAUUUUCUUUGUGAUGAGAACACCUUUAUAACACUUCGCCUUUAACUUGUUAUUUUCUUCCAGGAGUGCUGAUAAGUAAAACCGGUUUGUGUAGGUUCUUGAAUUUUGAAAUAUCGAGAAAUCUCAGCUAAUUGUUUGAAAGGAGGAGGGGGAAUUAGUUUUAAAUUUUAGGGGUUAGAAUUAGAGUGUCUGCCUGAUGCACGUUCAAUAAAACGACUGUUGUUUGAUAAAUGGGGAUUUUCCAAAAAAUGGAGAGAUCGAAAAAUCCAUAUGUAGUUAUUUGGGAACAAGAACAGCGCAGUGAAG